GGGUCGGCGGGCAGCGGCGGGGCCCCGCAGCGCUGCGGCAUCCGCACCUCGGACAUCAUCAUCCUGCCGCACAUCGUGCUCAACCGCCGCACCUCGGGCAUCAUCGAGAUCGAGAUCAAGCCCCUGCGCAAAACGGAGAAGAGCAAGUCCUACUACCUGUGCACCUCCGUCUCGGCCCCCGCCGCCGCCGCCCUGGGCCCCGGGGCUCCCGGAGGGCUGGCGGGCGCCGAGGGGCCGGCGGGACCUCCGCCCUGGGGCGAGACCACUUGGAUCUACCAUGACGGCGAGGACACCAAGAUGAUCGUGGGCGAGGAGAAGAAGUUCCUGCUGCCCUUCUGGCUGCAGGUCAUCUUCAUCUCGCUCCUCCUGUGCCUCUCGGGCAUGUUCAGUGGCCUCAACCUGGGCCUGAUGGCCCUGGACCCCAUGGAACUGCGCAUCGUGCAGAACUGUGGCACGGACAAAGAGAAGAACUAUGCCAAGCGCAUCGAGCCUGUGCGACGUCAGGGCAACUACCUGCUGUGCUCCCUCCUGCUGGGCAAUGUCCUGGUCAACACCACGCUUACCAUUCUGCUAGACGACAUUGCCGGCUCUGGGCUGGUGGCCGUGGUGGUCUCCACCAUCGGUAUCGUCAUCUUCGGCGAGAUCGUGCCGCAGGCUAUUUGCUCUCGGCACGGCCUGGCCGUGGGCGCCAACACCAUCUUCCUCACCAAGUUUUUCAUGAUGAUGACCUUCCCGGCCUCCUACCCCGUCAGCAAGUUGCUGGACUGUGUUCUGGGCCAGGAGAUCGGCACGGUCUAUAACCGUGAGAAGUUGCUGGAGAUGCUGCGGGUCACCGACCCUUAUAACGAUCUAGUCAAGGAGGAGCUCAACAUUAUCCAAGGAGCCCUGGAACUGCGCACCAAGACCGUGGAGGAUGUGAUGACUCCCCUCCGAGACUGCUUUAUGAUCGCUGCUGAGGCUGUGCUCGACUUCAACACCAUGUCCGAGAUCAUGGAGAGCGGUUACACCCGCAUCCCUGUUUUCGAGGGUGACCGCUCCAACAUCGUGGACUUGCUCUUCGUUAAGGACCUGGCUUUUGUGGACCCCGAUGACUGCACGCCGCUCAAGACCAUCACCCGCUUUUACAACCACCCGCUGCAUUUUGUCUUCAAUGACACCAAGCUCGAUGCCAUGCUGGAGGAGUUCAAGAAAGGCAAAUCUCACCUGGCUAUAGUGCAAAGAGUAAACAAUGAAGGAGAAGGGGAUCCCUUUUAUGAAGUCCUGGGAAUUGUCACUUUAGAAGAUGUGAUUGAAGAGAUCAUCAAGUCUGAAAUUCUGGAUGAAACAGAUCUAUACACUGAUAACAAGACGAAAAAGAAAGUAGCUCAUCGGGACAGGAAGCAGGACUUCUCUGCCUUCAAGCAGACAGACAGCGAGAUGAAGGUUAAAAUAUCACCGCAGCUCCUCCUGGCAAUGCACCGGUUCCUGGCAACAGAAGUAGAAGCAUUUGGUCCAUCCCAGAUGUCAGAGAAGAUCCUUCUCAGGCUGCUAAAACAUCCCAACGUCAUCCAGGAGCUGAAAUACGAUGAGAAGAACAAGAAAGCCCCAGAACACUACCUCUACCAGCGAAACAAGCCCGUCGACUACUUUGUUCUCAUUUUACAGGGGAAAGUGGAAGUGGAGGCUGGGAAAGAGGGGAUGAAGUUUGAAGCUGGUGCUUUUUCCUACUAUGGGGUGAUGGCCCUCACAGCAUCACCAGCUGAAAACAAGUCUCCACCUCGGCCCUGUGGCUUGAAUCACUCAGACUCUUUAAACCGGAGCGAUCGCAUCGACGCAGUGACCCCGACGUUAGGGAGCAGCAACAACCAGCUGAACGCGUCCUUCCUCCAAGUGUAUGUUCCAGACUACUCAGUGAAAGCCCUCACAGACAUUCAGUUUGUCAAGAUCUCAAGACAGCAGUACCAAAAUGCCCUGAUGGCAUCCCGGAUGGACAAAACACCUCAGUCCUCGGACAGUGAAAAUACUAAAAUCGAACUGACUCUUACGGAGCUGCACGAUGGUUUGCCAGACGAGACAGCAAACCUGCUGAAUGAACAGAACUGUGUGACUCACAACAAGCCCAACCACAGUAUGCACAGUGAAGGAGCCAUCUAGGAGCUGACUCCCCACAACCCACCCAUCCCAUCUCCUCAGCAGGACCAGCCCUCGCUCCUUCCUGGCUCCUCCCCAAGUGUGAACACCGUUAGUGCGUGCUUGCAACACUGCUGCAUCCAGUGUUCUGAGACCAAAGACUUUUGCAUCCGUUCUGGGAGCAGAAGAGGAAGAAACAGGAAGAAAGGAGCAAAGAGCAAGAGAGACUAAAGACCCAAACCUAAUUUGGGAAUGGUGAGCCACCCUUGAGAACGAUGAAAAUUCUUCUUGCAAAGUAGAAUUAUGUUUAUUUUUUAUCUGUACUUUUGAUCCUUGUUGGGUUUUUUCUCCUCAAACACAUAUGGGGAAGUUUAAAAGCUCCUCCAUUAUUUUUUCAAGAGAGAUCAUGUUUUUAAAAAGUAUUUUGCAGAGUUUUAAAUUGUUUCUGUCCCUCAUGAACCUCAAAUGGGCUCUGUCAUGGUUUUGUGAAUUGGCUCCAAUGUCCUUAGGCCUCUUCUCACCCCUCUGUGGUCCUUUCUGUUCCCAUGUUGAAAAAGUUAGUUACUGGUACUUGUAUGUUAUUUGUGUCGUAAGAAUAAGCAAGCUUCAAGAAAUCUCUGGUUUCAGCCACCUGGAGGACCCAGAGAUGAGGAUUAUUACAGUCUUGCAGUUAAUUUUCAGGGAAGGAGUGGUUACUCUGGUAUUUAAUAAUGUUUCAAAUUUCAGGAGGUUUCUUUGUUAAACAGGCAAAAGCAUUAUUACACUUACAGUUUUAUAACCUCCAAAACCUUUGUGUGUGUUGAAGAUGAUACUGGGGGGAAGGAAUUAAUUAGCAAAACUGCAGUCUCGUGAAACGAAAGCCGGGUGUGAUAUUCCAUAGUGAAGUAGUAACUGGGUGAUUUUUCAUUGAUGUUCCUGACAAUUGCAUGGUGAAGUAACGUGUGCACCCUGAGAUGCCAAGUCUUUGAACACUGCCGUGCUGUAGCGGUUUGUGCACUGUUACCUUGGCCAGAGCAGAUGGUGCAGCCUUUGCUGAGUAUCAGAACAUCAGUCCCUGUCCCCCCCGUAAUCUCCGAUAUUAACACAGAAGAUGCUGCUACAAUAACACCCAAAGUACGUGCUCCAGGUGACACUACACCUCUGCCAGUGCAAGGAUGGGCACUGCUGAGGAGCCAGAACCAUCCUCUCCUCUCCGAGAGCUGACAAAACUUUCCAGACGCGAGUGUAUUGCACUUCAGGGAUUCAGAGAGGUUCAUUUCCAGGCUGCUCCCAGCCACAUUCAUUCCUUUGAGUGGAUUUAGUGCAUUUCCUUCUCUCUCGCCCCUUUUAACUGUCAUUGUAGGGAUUACCAAGGUAGCAGGACAGAGAGCCUCCCACCCAGCUGCCACCAGUGAAGGGCAACACAUGCUUUGGGCAGCAGAAACCAAUUCCUCCACCCAAAAAAAGGUACAGAUCUGGGUACAGAUUGGGUGCCAGCAAGAGGCACUCUAUGGCCGUUAUGCAUCCUCCAUUUCCACAGCAGAGUCUAAGUCCUUUAAAUGAAUAAGACAAGAAAGUUUUCCCCCCCAGUCUUCUCUACUUCCAGUGCUUUCUCAAAGAAAGUGUGAACACUGCCCUCAGUAUCUGGAUUGAUAAAUCAGGUCCCUGGCUAUGUAGCAUUUCUCUUUCUUUACACAUGGAUAAUGUCUUUGGGGACAUCCAAAGGAGCCUCCAGCCUCAAAUGCAACUGCCAGAGCUCUCUGUGCCUGCAGGCCUGCCCCGUCUCUCCUGCUCGCGAGCUGUGGAAGGCACUCGCUGCAAGUUCCCGUGGUCUGUCUGUGAAUGGUGGCUGGAAAGGUGCAAUAUUCCAUUGCAGGAUCUCCUGUGGGAAUUGGAGUGUGUGGUGUCAGAGCCAAUUGGGUUUGCCUGUCUCCGUCCUCCUCCUCUCUUUUCCAGCUUCAGAAAGCAGCCCUAAUUCUUGCUGUCCACCCUGGUGGGAGCCGCCCAUGAGGAUGAAGUCCCUCCAACGGGCAUAGAAAUUGCACAGUAUCCAACUUGUGCACCCAGUGAGGAGGAAACAGGCCCUCCAAAGCCUUGCUCUCACAGGUAGCUUUUUGCCUUUUUCCCAUCUAAAAGUGUUUCCUUAGCCUCCAUCCCACCAGCGCUCUGAUGUUCACCAGCCCAGCACCGCUGAGAGCACACGGCUUGGUGGCAGCAUGGGCUGGCCUAAGCCUUGUGCCUUCCCAGAGAGCUGCCAAUAUUGCACCUUUCUCACAGAACAAAAUGUCCAGAUGUUACAGUGUUUGUCCUCAGUGAGGGACUCAUCUCGCCAGUUUUUAUCUAGUGUUGCUGAAUGUAAAAGUCUGUUGAAAGUGUUUGACAUGGUGGUGAACUUGAGAUGCAGUAUCCGUUUUGUCAAACCUGCCAGAGGGGGGAAGGCUCAAGUCAAGGCAGCUCUCUCCGAGAUGAGUUUGUUCGCUGGAUCUGACUUCUGCUUCUUAUGGCAGGUUAAGGAUUUGUUUCAAUGUCUGUUUCCCUCUGAAAAAAAGAAAAAAAGAAAAAAAAAAAAAAAGAAAAAAUUAAAAAACGCCAAUUUUUCCAACCAAAGCCAUGUGAUCCCAAAGCAAAUACCUCCUGCUUCUGCCCAUGCUGCACUGUUCCAAAAUUUGCAGGUGAUUUUUUGCAUGACUGUUUUUCAUCAUUUGUACAGAUCAAAUAAUGGAAAGUGAAGUAAUUUCACUUAAUUUCCAUAAAAAUAGUUGAUUAUAGAUGUGUUUCAUACAGAAAUACGUACCUGACCCAGAAGGGUUAGGAGCUGCUACUACUAAUUAGCUUGAAGAACAAAGCGUGGUCCUCUCUCCCUGGAGGGGAAAAAAAUCCAGUCUCCCUGUUCUCAGGGUAUUUACAGUUUUACUGUUUAACAAACACGAGGGGUUCCCGGCCCUCCUGGUGGGAACCGUCACUGCAGAGGAGCCCCGUGCCCAGCUCAGGAUCCCUCUGAGCCUCGGGACGGCGUUUGCCAGUGCCAGGGCUUGGCUCUCCUGACGGCAGAGGAGAUGCCACGGCAUCCCAUCCGUGCCCUUGCGGGGCUGUCCUGCCCGGGCAGAUCUGCCCCCUCUGCCUCGCGUGGCGUUUGGAUGCCGUGCUGCAGUGCCGUGAGAACCGGUCACCGCAGCGCAGGGCACCGGCCGGUGGCUUUGGGAACCGUUGGACUUGACCUCAGACCUUGGCCAGGCUUUGACUUACAGAAAGGAUACUGCAUCUUCCUGUGUCCACUCCUGCUGCCGCCUUCGUUCCCCUCGCCCGUCUGCUCUGGGUGCAGGCAGCAGGGUGGAUGAUGGCCUGUUGGCCGGGGGAGCCUGGGGAGGCAUCUAGCCAUGGUUUCUACUGUCAAUACAAUUUUGCACAAGAGUUCUUUGAAGUGAGGUUUUCAACACUAAUAUCUUAAAUGCACAACUGUGAAUUAUAUCUUUUACACUCCUGUUGGUUGAAUUUCCUUUAAACGAAAUGAACCUGAAUCUGUUGUAACUAUGAUUUAUUUUUUUAAAUUCUGUGUAUUGCCAAAUCUUUGUAAAGAGUGAAGGAAUGUUCUUGCUUUCCAGUGAGAAUCUUUCUCCAAAUGAGAUUGACUGUGGUGAUGUGGAGAUCAUACGAAGCACAUUAGUUCUGAGAGGAGAGGGGCUCAGUGAGGGGCUCAGCAAACCAGCCUCAGCCGCUCUGUGCCGCAAGCUCAGACCCUUCAGAGUUUACAAAGUGCUUGUUGUCUUAUUCCCAGCUUGUCAACACCCUGAAAUCCUGGUGCAGCUGGAGACUGCUGUCCUGGAGAAGCUCUGGAUGGGUUUAUCCCACAGUGGGAUGAGGAAUGCUGGCAGGGUGUCUGGGCUGGCUGGUGGGCAGGGGCUCCAAGGCUGGUGUGGCAGGAGAAGGUGCUUCCCCCAUCCAGAUGAACCAGGAGAGGAAGCUCCACAGGGCAGAUCCUUCUGCUCACUACUUCUGCUCCAAACCUAUGUCAUAUAUAGUUCCCUCUCACAUUCUUUCUGCCCCAUAAGCUCCUGCUCCAGACUGAGCAGGAAUGGGAUGAUGCUGAGACCCGUGCUGGGGCAGCUGGAGCUGGCUGCUGAAGGUGUGCAGUUCUUGGGCCUGUUGGAAGAAGGGUUAGCCACUCACUCACAUUGUGCUCGCUUUUUGUUCCUCCUCUCUUCUCCUGGACUCACUUCCCUUUUCCUCACCACUGGAGGCUUUUUUGUUUUUCUUCUUUUCUUUAAGUGCCUUUUUGUGUGGGUGGAGCUGGCAAGAGUAGGAGUCUCAGGAUAUGGCCCUUUGCACUCAGACCUGGAGAAAGCUCAGGGGCGGCAGGGCGAGCUGCCCCGAUGGCCCACACGCAUCACCCAUUGCUGCUACUCAGCCUUCAGGGCCCAGCUUGGAUGAGGGUGAGGUCUGGCACUGGUGGUGUCAAAUCAGCCCAAAGAAAACCAAAGAGGUGGCUUUUGUGUGAGGGGCUGUUUGGGCAGCAGUGGUGCUUCCUGUGAUCUCUGCAGAGCUCAGCCAAGGGGUGUGAGGGUGCUGAUGGCGAGGAGCAGCCCUUUUGUCCUCAUGAGCAUCCUGCGUAAGUAUCCUGCACGAUGGAGAACACAGCCACGUUCUCCAGGACCCCUUGGAACAUGCAUCCUCCUUCUGCAGAAUUACAUUCUCUAUAGAAAUCAUUCCCACAGGAAAGAUGUACCAUAUUUUAUACAAUAUGUAAUACACACAUCUGUGGUUUUAAAUCUAGUACCUGUGUUCCAGUUGUCAGCUUAUCCAGUGUCUGGAAUACCAGUAGAAAACGGGCUGGGGGUGGGGAAGGAUGCUGUAGAGUACCUCUUGUGAUGCUGACUUGAGGCUUCAUCCCAGAGGUGCCCACCCAGCACUGAGGGGUCUGUGUGUCCACACCGUGCCCUGUCCCAAAGCAGGAACCCUGGCUGUGGUGUGGCACAGCCCAGAUGUGCUGUCCAUCCCACCAGCUGGCUCCACAUUGACCCAAAGAAGUACCUGUUCCCUGGAUACUGAGGGUUGGUUUGGCCCAGUGGUGAAGUGAUGAGCUCAACCAGCACAACUGGGCAUCUUCCUAUGGCACGGAUGGGAGAGCAGCCUUCAUCUGACUUAGCCUGUGGGGAGGACAGGCUCUGCACCACAGGCUGGGCUGGGCAGCUGCCCUCAUCCCUGCACUGCUGCUACGCUUGGUCCUUCAGCUCAGGUCUCUUGUUGGUGUGAUGUCUGUGGUGACUCUGGCCUCACUCCAGUGUGUGGGCAGCACAGGGGACCUGGACGUCCAUGGCUUCUUGCAGAGCCCCUCAACAAUCCUGCUUGGUGUCUUGUUCUUGUCCUGGAGCCUGGCUUCAUGCUGGGUUGUGUUCCUCUGGGCCAGUCUCAGAGCUGCUUCCAGAUGAGGAGAUGCUGUUGCUGUGGGUCCGAGGUGGUAUAGCUGAGCUUUUCCAUCUGGUGUGUGCAUAUUUUCCUGAGCUUCGUGGAUGGGAGAGGGUUGCUGGAAAGCUGCAUCCAGCCAAUGGCAUGGUACAGGUGGUGUUUUCUUAUCCUGAAGUCAGACUCUAUAGCAGUUCUUUGCAUUGGAAAUACGGUACUCAAAGCUGCUGGUCUUCUGUCUCCAGCUGAAAAACAUCAUUCUCCUCUCAGGUUUUGCCUCUGGGCUCUGUUUUCCUCUGAGCAGAUCUGAUCACUGGGAUCCUGCAGUGGAUGGUGCCCCUGGCUGCUCUUGCUCCUUCAACGCUGUUUUCUGGCUAAGGAAGUGCUUGGUGUUUGAUCCUCCCCCAGAAGCAGAGGUUUGGCUGGACUUGGCAGAAUUGGCUUGUCAGGGAACUGGGCUAGAGGUUUGUCAGCUGUAGUGAGCCUGAAACAUGCAAAGGCUGCAGGUGGCUCCAGUGCUCCAGGAGUGGAUUUGGUUUCUUUGUUGUCUUCUCCUCCAGAAAGCAGCGUGGCAGUUGGUUGGCAGCAGGAUUGACUGGGGAGGAAGGGCUUGUCCCAGCAUUUGGUGCUUGGUGUAGCAGUCUAGCAUCCCUUCUCAACUGUUUGCUAAUCACAGGGUUUUAUAAUAGGAGGUGGUGUUUUAUCCUCUGAGCAUCACUCUUGAACCAAAUCCUUCCAAAUACAAGUGAAAAACUAGUUGGUGUGAGAUGCCUUUAGUUGGAAGUGCCAAUAUGGAAUGCAUGUCCCAAAGAUCACUGUGGGAGAGUGAAAGGUUCCUGAUGAGCUCCUCUUCUCAGAAGUGACAGACUGGCCAGGCCUAGAUCAGCUCCAGUGCCAUUCCUGCUUUAAAAUCUCAGGUCCAGCUGGGCUGGGCGGGCUUGGCUGGUGGGUUUUCACCCAAGGUACCUGCUCUGUCCUUCUGCAUUGUGCUGGCUUGGAUUCAGCAGCGUGGCUUCUGUGACAGCUGUGGUCACAUCAGCUACAGCUGCUCCUCUGCUCCACUUGCUGGGCUUUAGCUGUGUUCAGGAAGGUGAGAAGCGGGGCCAGCAGUCAGGAACAGGCCAUGCUGCAGCCAUUCUGUCUUCAUUUCUCACACUGAGGGUGGGAGAUGCUGCUCAAGGGAUUCUGCCUUUCUCAGAGUUCACAUGGAGUUUGGAGAGUGGAAACCCACCAGGACCCCAGCAGCAGUGCUGCGGUCCCAUUUCAUCCAUGUUCUCCUGAGCACAAGGGUGGCUUACCAGCAGUCCAGGGUCAGGCUCUGCUGAGGGACCUCAGAGCUCUUGGAAUAUUUUUUUUCCAGCAGAGCCAGCCUUGACAUCUGAAUCACCAGGCGGGUGCCUGGAUGCCAAACACAGUGGAUCUGAAACCCCAAAUACUUGAGAUGUGUUCCUGGAAGCCAUGCGCAGCUGGUGCUCGGCAGCCAGAGGUCUCACACCAAACCUUUCUCCUUCCUGGCUGCCCUGAGCCCUGUCCUGGCUCCCCUUGGUCCCCCCAGUCUGGAACAUGGUGGCUCUCCCUUUGCAGUGCAUUUUCAUGGCUGUCUCAUCCCACUCCAGCCAGCUCUUCCCUGUGUCUUACUUGCCAUCAUAUGUGGUCUUUGCGCGUUGUAUCAUAUUGUACAUGACUUCGGGUUUCCAGAGUUGUAGUGUUCUGACUACAGUAUUUCUGUGUGUGUACAUAAAUCUGAAUAAGCACAACUGAAAUCCUGAAUGAAGUGUAUACGUUUCAUAUACUGAUUGUCAUACAAAUUAAUUUUAUAAUUAUUCCAAUUUUGUUGUAGAUUUCCAAUCUUUCCUAUUUAUUUUGUACCAGAUUUAUUUGUAUAUUUUGUGAUUUUGUUUUAAAGCAUUUUGUUUAUUUCUAUUCUUUUUAGAUAAAUGAUGAUUUUUUUUUUCUGUUGAACAUUCCAGUUUAUGCAUUUUUCCCUCCUCUAUGCUCCCCCCUCAUUUCCAAGGGACAGAUUUUGGCAUGUGGGUGGUGGGGCUGAUGUCUGCGAUCCUGUACCCAGAUCUCUGCUACUGGCACAUUUAACGGUCUUUAAUCUCCACUUCAGCUGCCAAGAGCCACAGAGAGGCCGGAUCUUGUUCCUCUAGAGGCAGGUGUUGCUCUUCGCUUUGGUGGGAUUGGGCCUGUCAGUCCUCAAGCUGGGGAGGGCUGUGCUGGUGGCUUUGCUGAUCAGAGGCUGGCUGGGAAGCCGGUGGCAAUGGCAAGCAGCUGACUUUUUGAAGUUCCCUCAAGGGUGAGGGUCUUUUUCUUUCAGUAAUAAAAAGCCCUUAUUUACAA